AUGUUAAAUAUUUUUCCAAAGAGAAAGUAUUUAAGCUCAGAAAAUGAUGAAACUCAAAUGGGCUCUGCAUAUGUUUUAAAAAGACUGAAGACUAGGGAGCACUUUAAUGUUAACCAGUAUUUUCAUUCUUCAACUCCUCAAAGUUUCCUUUCGCCUGAUAAAAGCAGAAAAUUAUCGACUACUCUAGAAAGCCAACCAAAAACGGCCUGAGGGUCGUCAAGGCUACUAAAAACUAUCCCUGCAGCUAAAGUCCACAGCCCAGUCAAACUGAACUGAGCCUUUGAUACAUGAGACUUUGUCGAUGGAAGUCAACCGCCAAGGGAAAAAGGUAAAAGAAGGAACAAAGUCAUUGUGCAGCAUUUAAGAGAUAUGCAAACUUUUCUACCUCCACCAAUAAUUAAAAAAAAAUCAGACAUCGAUUUACAGCUAGAUAAAAUGUUAUCGACAUUAGAUAAUAAAAGGAAAAAAACGUCAUAUUUGUUAAAGACAGGAAAGCAAGUGAAUAGCUAUUACAAGCACCACAGGAUCUUUUAG